UUUCAGUUAUUUCAUAUAAAUCCAACGUGCAAGAUAAUCACCAUCUUCAUUAAUAUGUAAUCUCAACCAACACCAACUGAAAAACUGAUAUGUGCCAAUGCGGCAAACGUGGCGGUUUUUAACGUCAUCUGGACUUGAAUAAUUGAAAUUGCUGUUCUUUCAUUGCUGAGCUGUGAUGAGCUGGCAAUACAGAUCGGAGAAAAGACGCCUGGACAACCGCAUCUUUGAGAAGAGCACCACUUCUGGAGGGUCAAUGCAAACCACAAUAAGCAGACACCAGCGCAUGAUGGAUUACAAAGAAAAGCUCCGAUUAAAGGGCAAAAUGUUAGUUCGUUCCAUCACCUUCAUGUCACGUGGACAGCGGCGCAUUAUAGCCCUCCUAGGUCUCGUGGCCGUCGUCAUGGUGUGCGGACUUCUUAUCAUCACUUCCGGUACCGCGCAAGCUGACGUCACUGUGACGGAAGCACCAGUUGACACAUUUGACUAUGACGGAUUUGAGAGAAAAGUGCGGCAGCUCUUAGACAUCUAUAAAGUGAACAGUGACCCGGUUAUGAAAGUACGUUUUGUUCAGAAUCCCAUUACAAUGGUGUACGAACUUGUCGGCAAGCCGUUCAUUUGGUUAUUUUGGGAGGGUCCUCUGCGGCCUGCCUAUAUCGACUUGUGUAUUCUUAGCAUAAUUUGCCACAAUGAGAAAGAUUUCCACAUCAAAGUCUUCAACUCGACCCAGUUUGCACAGAGCGUGGAUUACCUGCAACCCAUGUACCAUUCCCUUAACCCCGCCCACAAAUCAGAUUACUUCCGGGCGGCGAUUCUUUCUAACUAUGGCGGGAUGUAUUUUGAUGUGGAUACCAUCAGUUUUAAGAGCAUGAGGGAAUACCUAGACUUGCUGGGCAGUAAUGACAUAGUGGGUUCUAGACGCCCAUCAGGAGAAUUCCAUGUCGGGAAUAUGGGCCCAUUUCGCAUGCAGACGGAGUUUACCAAGAACUGGAUUAUGAAAAUUCACCAAACUCGAUUUAAUACGGCACACAAAGCUCUGGCGUCUGGGGCCGACCCUUUUAAAGGCACGGAACUGGGCACAGAAACUGCCCAGCCUGUUUUUGAGGAACAACUAGGACUUGGGUUACGGUUCCAUAACAUUGAAGGCUCCGAGGCUUGGUUUCAGUUUAGUACCGCAGAUCUCAUGAGCGACCAACGAGAUUUCGCGAAGGAAAUGAACGAGACCCAUCUGAUCGUACUGCAAAACAAAGACUACUUAGAGGGAUUCCGUAGAAUGGACUUAAGCGCGGUCUUGCGUUCUAAAUUAGGUGUAGCUCAACUUUUAAGACGUAGUUUACAAAAAUGUGCGGAUGAUAUUGGACUCGUAUAGUUAUUGUAACAACGCGACAUUUUUAAAUAAGAAUUGACAAUUUAGAAAGCGAUAACAAAAAAAUAUUAUCUUUAAAGCUAAAACUGUAAUGCGAAACAAUUUUCUCAUAUAACUAAUGCCACAUCAUUGUCCAGAGCUUUUUUGUAAAAAGUUCUUCGAGUGUACACGAUAAUUUUUCAUGGAUUCAAGGCAUACAAUAUGUCGUAGACUAUAGAGGUUUUCUCAUAAAGGGGUUAGAAAAUAAUUUAGCGACAGUAUGCAUGUGUAGAUAAUCGGUUAGUUGAAACUAUGUUGUUUCAAAUUAACACUUACAUAUAAUGUUUUACAUUAAAUGGAAUAUGAAGGAAAAAUAAUA